CACUCGCGAGCUCAGCGCGUGAAGCAACAUUACCACCACAAUCUGUCCAUCCCGCUAUGUAAGGGCUCAGACCUCUAAGGGGAUACAAAGUGCUGUUACAUCACUUUAAAUAGAAUUUUCGGGACUGUUCGCCCUGUUUUCAAUACGCUUUGACAGAGACACAAGGAGUUGUUUCGCCACUUUAUUGGCAUUAACUUGGAUUACGCGCGAGGGGUGUUGGUUUCGCGCCGCUUUUUGCCGUGGUGUUUCUGUAAUCCUCUUUACUAGAGUGGAAUAUCUGUGGACUUUAUCAACGCUACGGAGGUACGAGAAAGAGCUUAAAGAAUUUAAGAGGAAUUUCACAUUUUUUUAUUAUUAUUAUUUUAAUCUUUCCUUUUCAAGUGCAUGUGAUAUCCUUAUUUGUGUGGUUCUAGAGUCUUCGCCGCCCCUUUUAGACCAGAAUUAGUCCGUGUGUUCCCGGAGUAGAGGAUAGUGUAUUUUCGAUAUCGCUCACACCCCCUCUGUCCUCUCCCCCUUCCCCCUAAUGUUAUCUGUCUAUUUUUCUAUGGAAUAACUGGCCAGGAGAGCAACUGAACGACGCGGUGACUUUUUUUCAACGCCUGCAACUGACAGGUGGUUUAGGGUUGUCUCUUCUCCGGAGAAUGGUCAAUGAUCGAUGGGGAGUCAUGAACAGCUCGUCGGAACUCGAAGACGGACAGCGGGGCAAAAACCAGUCAUUCUGUGAAUGUGUGCCAAACUCCUCUCAGCUCAAACAUCGAUGGUCAGACUCAGAAACAGUCAGACAAACACCGCCCAAGAGGAUGAGUUGUAGCUAUCUGCUAUGUACCAUCCUGCUCUUCGUGGCCGUUCUCCUUGCAGUCACGGUGACAGGAACCAUUCUUCUUAUGAACCAUUACCAGGCUCCGCCAAUGUCGGAUGGCCCUCCCCAUAUUAGCACCAAUCAGGAUGAAGCCAAUGCAUUGGUGACAGUUGAGAGGGGUGAUGGAUCACGCAUCAAUAUCUUUAUCGACCCCAACUGCCCUGAUUAUAACAGCAACUUCCUGCGACUGGAAGGUGUCCAGACAUCUUUGCUGCACUCUCUUACUGACCACGAUACGGAUCUGAAAUCCGUCAAAGGUCAGGAUCGUGCAUUAUUGGUCAACUUGGCUGAGGAAGUAGCUAAGCUAUCUGCCCAUGCAGGCCAGCUGAAGAUGGACUAUGAGUCUCUGAGAAGAGGACAAAGCAACCUGGGACAGGACUUGACCACACUGCAGACUGAACAGAGCAGACUAAUAAAGCUUCUGUCCGAAAGCCAGAUUAACAUGGUGAAGAUUGUGAACUCCAUAAGCGAUGCUCUCAACUCCAUGCAGAAGGAUACGGGCGGUCUCAAGGCCAGAGUGAAGGCUGACCUUCAGAGGGCACCAGUCAGAGGCGUUCGCCUUAAAGGCUGUGCUAACGGCUCUCGUCCACGUGAUUGCAGUGAUAUAUAUGCUAGUGGUCAGAGGGAAGAUGGCAUAUACUCUGUUUUUCCCACUCAUUACCCUGCUGGCUUUCAGGUCUAUUGUGAUAUGAGCACUGAUGGAGGUGGCUGGACGGUGAUCCAGCGGAGGGAGGAUGGCUCUGUGAACUUUUUCAGGGAGUGGGACUCCUACAGAGAAGGGUUUGGCAAAAUCAAUGGAGAGCACUGGCUCGGUUUGAAACAGAUCCAUGCUCUGUCUAUCCAAGGGAACUAUGAAUUGCGUAUAGAUCUUGAGGAUUUUGAGAACAGCACAGCUUUUGCGCAGUAUGGGGUGUUUGGAGUUGGACUAUUCUCAGUUGAUCCAGAGGAUGAUGGUUACCCCCUAACCAUCGCUGAUUAUAUUGGAACUGCAGGGGAUUCUUUGCUAAAGCACAAUGGAAUGAAGUUUACAACGAAAGACAGCGACAACGAUCAUUCAGAAAACAACUGCGCUUCGUUCUACCAUGGCGCCUGGUGGUAUCGCAACUGCCACACCUCUAACCUAAAUGGUCAAUAUCUGCAUGGACAGCACACUUCUUACGCUGAUGGAAUUGAGUGGUCAUCCUGGACUGGAUGGCAAUAUUCACUAAAAUUCACAGAAAUGAAGAUUCGGCCGACACGCGAAGAGAGGGAGAGCAAGUAAAUGGUGAAAAUGAAAAUAAUCAAACAAUUGAAUGUGUGAGGAAGUAAAACAAUUAAUAAAACCACAAAAAUACAUGUGUAAAAGACGUCAAUAUGGAUUUUACAAUGUGGGAAAACAACAGUGACAAUUGUUGUUGCAAAUACCAGAAAGAUAUAGCUCAUAUUGAUUGAUCAGCACUUGUUUUAUGUUUUGUUUAUUAAUUUGGCAGAAAUGUCACACUAUUAUGUGACUGAGAUGUAAGUCCUACACUCAAUGUGACAAUCUUUUAAUUAUCAGGCCUUGAAGUUUACUUUACCCACCUGUUGGAACUUGACGCAUCCCAGCACGGACUCGGCUAUAGCGAGUCACACUUGAGUUAUGACAAUGAUGACAUUAAAUCAAGCAUAUCAUUAUCUUGGUGAGGUAAUUAAUUAACAGAGAGAAAAGUACAGAAAUUAAAUGAUGGAAUGAUUCCUUCUGUCAGCAAAAUGCUUUUUUUCUGUGCAGUUGCUCUAACAUUGUUUAACUUUGACUGCAAUUAAUAAGCUGAAUACACUCACAGACAAGUCCAAAUCUCCAUUAAGUCUUCAUAUUUGAAGAUGGAGGAUACUAUAAAAGAAGAAAGUGGUGGAGUAUGUGGAGGAAGAGAGGGAAAUGAGAGAGCGGGGAGGUUGCUGUGGGAGUUUGUUUCUGUUAGAGGAGCUCGUCUAUCUGACAGUCCAUUAGCGAGCGUAUUGGCCACUUUGUUUGAUCGACAUUGUGAAGUGAUUAAAGCCAAGCUCUUCAUCUCACACACACAGAUGGAGGCUGUUUAUGUCUAUGUGUGACAGAGACAGAUUUAAAAGGGAAAUGUGAUAUUGUCUUGUCUAUUUUGUGACUGUGUUUCUGACUCAAAAGUCAGCGAGUGUUCUUGGCAAUCUUUUUAUUGGCUCAACAAUUUUGCUGAUUGAGUGUGUUUAUUUACAAGAGACAUCAAAAGAUCCCUCAAACCCACUUAUACACAUACAUAUACCAUCAUAAGGGUUCCCACAGUCAUGGAAAACUUAAAAAUAUAAGAUACAUUCUACUCUAAAAUAUUUAAGCGGCUAGAUAUGGCACUUGUGUAGAGUAAAACUUGUUUGCAAGCUAUAGUUAUUUAUGAGCGAUUCUCUCCUUCAUUCAUUCAAGUUCAUGGGAGUUCAUGACAGAAGUAGCUAGAUCUGACUCGUGAAGAAAUGUUUUGUUUCUUUUUAGUUGGUUCUUAUGAAUGAAUCGAUGUCUGGUCUGAAAAAUCUGUUUCUGUGACUCAUAAACGAAUCAGUCUGCAUCAAAAUGUAUUUUAAAAAAAAAUCCUUAUGUAGUUUUCACAAAUUAAUAAAAAGGUAAGGGAAAACAUAUCCAGCCUGAUCUCAUGAAAAUUAUGGGAAUGUGGCAACAUUUUUGCCAAUUUUUUAUGACACUUUUGUCAUAGAAAAUGCAUUUAUUUCCUUUCUAAGAAAAGAUAUGUGACAUUAAUUCUUUAUGAACAUAUUCCAAACUAAGACUUCCACAGAAUAAAGACAGAAAUGCACUGUAACAGCACUAAUUCAAGUAACAUUAAACGUUUAUCAAAGUCUAAGUGGGAGCUUGACUAAUUGAAAGAAUAGUCCCCAUGGGUUUCAUAUUCAUUGCAAUGCAUGUUAAAUCUCUUAAACUCUUAUCCUCCACAAUAUUAAUCGGCAGGCAGACUUUGGCUAUCCUCUUUGUUACAGUGAAGCCACAUUCAUGAUUUGUGUCAGGGCACCAACAACAUCAUUAAGUGGUGCUUUGAAUUCGACAUGGAAAGCGCUUGCUGACAACAUCUCAUUCUUUGUUUUCGUGAGAGUUAAGACUUUACAUUUUUCUGUUGUAAUUAAAUUACACAUUACAGAGGUUGCAAAGUACUUGAUUUCUGUCACAAGUCAAAUCUGGUCUUGUUUUGUACAACAAAUAACAUUGAUCACUUGUUCACUGACACAGAUUUGCUGUUGUGUGAGUCAUGGUGUGUGUUUAGUGUAAUGACCCUGGACAACAAAGAGCAGAGAUUUAGCCCUAUUCCAACCAUUGUUUAGAACUCACACAGAGCUGAAUAAAAUGUCAGAAUCUAAUGUCAAAUAGGUAAAUGUGCUAACUGGGAUUAAGAAAAAUUGGCACAUUAAACAUUUUAAAGUAAUUGCAUGCGUUUAUGCAUUAAGUCUCAGGCACUAUGGUAAACGUGUUUAGAUUUCAUAAGAUAUCAUUGUUUGAGGAACAGGGCGAAAAGUAAGUUCAUUAACUCAUAGUCUUCAGUUUUACUGGUGAUUUGCGUGAAAGGGAAUAAAAAUUGUUGUUGCAGUGCCUCUAGUGUUCAUUUCACCAGGAAAGUGAAAUGAGCCAUGUAAAAAUAAUUUUGCAAAAAUGUAGGCAUAUCAGCAUGAUUCUAUGAGACACAGGGAAUUGAUCGGUCAUAAAGUGUGGGAACCCUGUAUCAUUUGAACAUGUAUGCCUUUGAAGAGCACACACUUUUGUUGUAAUGCUAAUUUAAAUAAGCUGCCUUGCCCACCCCAAACCUAGCCCCUCUUUAUGACAUGUAUAUCAGCUCAUUCACUGCCUUCUCUCUUCGAAUAACUUUCUAAAGUUUAGACGACCUAAACUGUCAUAGUGUGCUUUUCUCAUUCCCCUCUCUUCUUUCUCACUUCACCUCAGCCCUUACUUUUUUGCUUCUGGUCUUCUUCUCAUUAGUUCUACCUUCGCGCUCUCUCACUCCUUCUUCGGGUUUGUUUUCUCUGGUCCCCUGUGGAAGUCGGAAAGGUCGACAUGUCAUUUAGAACAAUUACACUGCUCAUUGUUCUCACUCUUGUGCUCUUUUCUGUCUUUUUCUGUCCUUCUGUUCUUUCCUGUAUUGCUUUAUUUUGUAAUUAAUCAAUUUCAACCUAAUUAUGUCUCUCUAUUUUUUAUUAUGUCUCUCUCUUUCCUGUAUUGUAAUGAUGACAAUUUAUUUCCCUUCUCUUAAAUUGUGUUAUUUUAAAUUCAGAAUGGAUAAAUUUACAUUCUUAUUUGAUUAACAGUACAUUUCCCCUAAUUUUUCUAUGUACAAAAACUAAAGCAGUUUUCCUGCUGACUUGUGGAUGAAUAUGUGCAAGUAUGAAUAUCAUGCUGACAUGUCGAUGAACAUGCAAGAAUGAAUACCAAUUCAUUAAUCUUGUCAUUUUAUUUUAUUUGUCAGUUUUGGAGUUUAAUUUGUAAAUGUACCAAGAGCUUUAAGAUAUGUGUAGAUUUAAUGUACAGUGUGUAUGUUUUAGAGACUUUUAGUGCAUGUGAAAUUUUAUCUUACCAGAACUUGACAAAAGCACACAAAAUGAAAAAAAUAAGAAAUUAAGAAAGAAUGAAAAAGAAUAGGUAAAAUCUCUUGAUAUUGCCUGUUGUCUCAUGACUGGGGACUAAAGAUCUCUGUGAGGAACAACGUAUUUUGAUUGGACCCCUGUUGAAGUUCUUCUCUGAAAGUAGAGGAGCUAAAGAACAUUUUAAGAUACACCCUCAAACAAUGAACACGUUGCUGUAAAAAUACAGUAAAUGGGAAGAUGACUGUAAAUACAACAUUAGAAGAUGCUGCCAAGACACUUAAAUGGACACUUGAAGGAGCAAGCAAAGUAAGCCAGUGCUCGUCCUCAUAUGAUCUCUCUCUUUCUUUAUGUCUCUGGAGUCCCCUCUAAGUUUGCACUGCUUUUAAUACAAAGUUGCUUCUGUCAGUUUGUGUCUGCUCUGUCUUUCUCUCUUAUCCUCUUAGUCCCUUGUCUCAUUCUCUAACUCUGUUACCCCUUCUUCUGUGGAAUUACAUUGCAAUCAGUCACUUUUCUCUAUGUCAUCUUUUGCUUCAAAGUUAACCAUGCCUGCCUGUUCAGCUGUCAAUAAGGUUUUUUAGGUGUGUUGCCAUGGCAAUGAUCCUCUGAACAAAAGCAGACUGCAGAAAAACAGACUGAAGGGAAAAGAUGUUAAAUGAUGUAACAGUGUCAUGAAAUUGAGUCAACAAAGGACAAAAAGACUAAAAUAACUACAAGUGUGGAAAAUAGAAGGAAAGAUGAACAUUUGUAAUCAUUUGUAAUUAAGGGUCUCAGUUAGAAUGUGUGAGUACACGUGGGAAUGAAUGUGUUUGUGUGUGUGCGACUGAAUUAAACAAUAUAGCUAAAGAAGAAAAGUAAAUUGUUAUUUCUG